CUCCCCAUCUUCUUCCCCAAACAAAAUAGUAAUAAAUAAAAGAAGAGCGUGUUUGGGGAGAGAGAAUAACAGGAGGAGCUUGGAGACGUACAAGAAAAUUUAGCAAUGGCUGGCCGGGGGUUCGAGCUGGCCGCGUUGUUGUGCCUGGCGUUGGUGGUGGCUGUCCGGGCUGAGGAUCCUUACCUGUUCUACACCUGGAAUGUGACUUAUGGCACCAUCUCCCCUCUGGGUGUACCUACACAGGCCAUCCUCAUCAACGGCGAAUUCCCGGGCCCUAAGAUCAACUGCACAACCAACAACAACAUUUUCGUCAACGUUUUCAACAACCUUGACGAGCCUUUCCUCCUGACAUGGCAUGGGAUUCAACAGAGGGGAAAUUCGUGGUUGGACGGGACACCGGGGACAAUGUGCCCCAUCCAACCAGGCCAGAACUUCACCUACCGGAUGCAGUUCAAGGACCAGAUUGGCAGCUACUACUACUACCCGUCCCUCGGAUUACAGAAGGCCGCCGGUGGAAUUGGCGCCAUCAACAUCCACAGCCGCAUCUUUGUCAAAGUCACCUAUAAUGACAGAUUCGCCCCCGACCUCAACUUUUUGUUGGGGGAUUGGUUCAACAAGGGUCACAAGGCACUCAGGAAGUCGUUGGACGCCGGCCGGUCCAUGGGCAAGCCGGAUGGGCUCCAGAUCAAUGGCAAGUCCGGCAAGGUCGGAGACGACAAGCUCGAGCCAUUGUACACGGUGGAGGCUGGCAAGAGCUAUAGGUUCCGGUACUGCAAUGUGGGUUUGAAGACUUCUGUCAACAUCAGGCUCCAAGGCCAUCAAAUGAAGCUUGUUGAGCUGGAGGGCUCUCACACUGUCAAGAAUAAGUACAAUUCUGUUGACUUGCACGUUGGUCAGUGUAUGACGAUGCUCGUCAUUGCUGACCAGGAACCAAAGGACUAUUACCUAGUGGUGUCGAGCAGGUUUGUCAAACCUGUUCUCACCACUGUAGGUAUUAUCCGUUAUGUUAAUGGCAAGGGCGCGCCAGCCAAGGAGCUCCCGCCGCCUCCUCCGGAAGGCAUCGCCGGCUUUGCCUGGUCCAUCAACCAGUUCAAGUCCUUCCGCUGGAACCUGACGGCUAGCGCUGCUCGUCCCAACCCUCAGGGCUCGUACCACUAUGGCCAAGUCCCCGUUAACCGAACCAUCAGGCUGGUGAGCUCGAAGAGUCAGGAGAAAGGUAAGCUCAGGUACGCCAUCAACGGAGUGUCACACGUCGACCCUGACACCCCAUUGAAGCUUGCAGAGUACUAUGGAGUCGGGGACAAGAUUUACAAGAAUGACACCAUGCCUAAAGAACCCCCGGCCGAUCCCAGGGCGUUUCAGCUCAUCCCCAAUGUCCUCAACACAACCCUCCAUGAAUUUGUGGAGAUUGUGUUCGAGAACAGGGAGAAGACAAUGCAGACAUGGCACUUCAACGGGUAUGCAUUCUUUGGAGUGAACAUUGAGCCUGGCAGGUGGAGCCCGGAGAGGAGGAAGUACUACAACCUUAUUGAUGCAGUGAGCCGGCACACGAUCCCGGUGUUCCCGGGGACAUGGGCAUCCAUCUUGUUUGGAUUCGAGAACACCGGAAUGUGGAACCUGAAGGUGGAAAACGCAGAGAGGAGCUACUUGGGACAGCAGUUGUACUUCAGUUGUCUCUCCCCUGAGCGCUCGAUUAGGGAUGAAAAUAGCUUGCCAGACGAUGUGCAGUUGUGUGGCAUUGUCAAGGACUUGCCAAAGCCUCCUCCAUAUGCUCCUUAUAAUGCAAGGCCAAAGAAGAAGAAGAGUGAGGCCAGUGAGGCCAAAGAUGCUGAUGAGGCAGAGAAAAAUGGCACUGAUAAAGACGAUAAGGAGGGUAAUUAAGAUAAAAGUGGAGGACUACUUCUUAAUUAAUUUAAGUAAUUAAUAAGAAGUGAAGAGUUUUAAUUUUUAAUGUACAGAGUUAAGGAGGAUGGAACAAACAUGUCCUGGCUGAUUUUCGGAUUAUGCAUGUAUCAAACAUUUGGGGAAUUUAUUGAAUUUAUAUUUUUAUAUAAUUAUUCUUAAUAUGAUCAUAUAUAGUAUAUACUCUCUCAAUUAUUUG